AUGACUUCAGCGGUCUUCAUUCAGCACGAGCCAUCGGCUCGCGGGCCAGGCCAUUUCAGCUCGACCAGCUAUGGAUCAUCUCCCGCAGGAUCCCUGCCAGCUUUCUCACCGCCAUCAGCGUAUGCGUAUUCUGGCUCUUCUUCCGCCGGUGGAGACAAGGCAAAUCCCUACCUGGCAGCCAAAAAAUUCUGGAAACGUCUCUGCUUCGAUCCCGCCCUCGACCCAACUGAGUACAAGAUCGGCUUCAUCGAAACGGUGCAGCAGCCUGAGCGAAAAUCGGGUGUCGAGGCAUGGAGCAUGCGGCUGCACGACAGGCUUUGUGAACUACCGUACAACCUGUUCGUUGAGCGGUUUUGUGGCGGCGCUGGAGACGGCUCGCUGCAUCCCGCCAACGCCUCCCCGAGCGCGGCCGUGUCCACGAGUGAUGAGGCCGCCAGUGAUGUUCCGUACCACCGGAUUGCGUAUUUUAAGCACGGCAAUGUCGUAGUCUGGGAGUCUGAGUACCACAAGCGCCGACUCAAUGACCUGGCGCCAGCGAACCCCGCGGCCGGCGGAUCUGACGGCGGCGGCGCCUCCGCCUCCGCCAUCGCCGCUGCAAUGGCAACGGCAACGGCUACAACGCCCCGCGGCGAGCGGUCUCGUCGUCAAGCUAGCCGCGAUGGCAUGCCGCCGCUGCCCGCCGCCAGCUCCGGGCUCCUUUCCCUGGGCAGCGGCUUCUCUCCGCCCUCCUCCCGAUCUCUCCUGAGUGGGCUCGGCUCGGGGGGCGGCAGCUUCUCCGUUCCGCGUCCCGGUCGCAGUCCGCGAGGCGCAAGUCCUAGGGCGAGUGAUGACGGCAUUGACGGUACGGCAAGUGAUGACGGUGAGCUGCAGCUGCUGUUGGAAGAUGACGAGCAGGAGGGCGAGGAUGAGGGGGGCUCGGACACGGACGGAGGCGACGACGAGGAUGUCGGAGUGGAGGGGCCCGGCGCCGCCAACACCACCAUUAACACGAGCAGCAGCGUCAGCAGCAAGCGAGCCCUACGGCUGUCGCCUGCUCGGAAGCCUGGAGGGGCCGGUGGGGGCUACAGCGGGGACGGAGCAGUAGGAGUGGCAAUAGGCGGGGGGGCGGCGGUGUGCGAAGCGACGCCGCCGCCGCUACCGCAGUUGCCAGAGGAAUGCUGGAUGGCGAUGUUGCAGCAGCUGGGUGUACGGGACGUGUGUAUGGUGGGGCGGACCUGCAGGUGGCUGAGGCAGCUCGCCGGGGACCCGGGGGUGUGGCGAGCCCAGUACUGCUCGCUGUGGGGCUCCCCCCCCGAGCACGGUCUCACCGCGGGGGUGGUGCGCCGCAUGUGCCGGCGCUCCCAGCUGCGUGCCGCCCGGUGGCUUGAGGCCCGUGUGGUCACCAGCACCCUGGGCUUCCCGAGCACCACCUGCCUGCAGAUGGAUGACAGCAAGGUGGUCUCGGGCGACGGCAACGCCGUUCGCCUCUGGGAGCACGCGACGGGGCGCCGCAUCGCGACGUUGCAGGGCCACCCUGGUCGCGUCAGCUGCGUCGCCUUCGACGACUCGACGCUCGUCAGCGGCUGCGUGGGAUCUGUCGUCAAGCUCUGGUCCAUGGAUGACCUCCGUUGCAGACGUACUCUCCGCGGCCACGAAGGCGCCGUGCGGAGCUGCUGCUUGCUGCCCACUGGCAUCCCGGUCAGCGGUGCGGAGGAUGGCCUGGUGCGGUUGUGGGAUGUGGCCAGUGGGAGCGCCAUCGUGUCGCUGGAGGCGGGGGCGCCAGUCAUGGCGGUGCAGGCGCACGGGCAGUCAGGUCAUUUGGUGUCGGCCGCGGGUUGGGGCAUCCAAAUUUGGGAUGUUUCCACAGCCACGUUGCUUCAAACCCUGGGUGCAGCCAACGACGAGGACACCACAUUCAUUGCGGACGCGGGGGCGGUGGCGGCGGGCGGCGGAGCCAUUGGAAUCCCCGCCGGACAUCAUCCGUACACUUGCGUGUCGUACAUGGGCGACCUGCUGGCGGCGGGACGGCAGGGCGAGGUGGUGCUGCUAGACCCACGGGUCGGCGGCACCGUCGGACGGCUGACCUGCGAGACGCGAAGCGGCGGCGCCGGCACCGUCGGCGCAUCCCCCAGUAGUGGCAUAGGGGCCAUCGCCGCGGCAGCUGGCGGCGGCGGCGGCGGCAACGGCUACGGCGGGAAAGGCGCGCCGUGCGUGGGGGCACAAUUGGACGAGUGGAAGCUGGUGUGCGGCUUCAAUGACGGGCGUCACUUGCUGCAUGUGUACGACAUUCGGUCGAUACCGAAAGUCGGGUGCGGCGGCGGCGGCGGUGCCAGACGGGACUGGCACCAGCCGCUAAUGACACUGAAGGCGCCGAACCGCAUCAACACGUUUCAGUUCCACGAGCAAGCGUUACUCAUGGGUCUGGAGGGAUCAGAGUGCAGCAUGUGGCGCUUCGAGAACCCGACCCAGGCCAUGAGCAGCAGCGGCAGCAGUAAGGCAAGCGCAGCUCGCUUCCCAGCGCUUGGGCUGCUGCCGUUACUGAUCAGCCCUGUCAAGCCGUGUUGCGCCGCUGCAGAGAAAAAGAAGCCAGCCAAAGUGGCCAAGAAGCAAACACGCUACCCCAAGCGCAAUACCAAGUGA